AUGUCCCAGCAGAAGACUGCUCCAGCGGAGGGUGGCGCUCACGCCGUGUCCUUGGACAAGCUGCUGGUAGAAGAGAUUGGGCAGCUCGGCAGAUACCAAUGGCGGAUGUUGGGGCUGAUAGCGGUUCUUGUUAUUUUCGCAGCCUGGGCUGCGGUUGAAUAUAUUUUCACUACGGGACGGAUCCCUACGAGAUGUGUAAUACCAGAAUGCGAUAAUCUGGAGGCUGCUGAGUUCAAUCCAGCUUGGAUCCUUAACGCGGUUCCAGCCAGUGGCAGCUCGUUCGAUAACUGCCGCAGGUUCAGUCCGAGAAAUGCGUCUACGACCAGAGACGUUUGUCCCGCGAACCUUUUUAACCGUGAAAGCACCAUUGACUGUGAAGAGUAUUUGUAUGAAAACACUGAUACCGUUGUUUACGAGUAUGGGCUUGCCUGCGACGAGUGGCGCCGCACCUUGAUCGGCUCCAUCCGGACCUUCGGCACGCUCCUGGCGUUGCCCAUCACGGGCUACAUAUCCGAUAAGUGGGGGAGGAGAACCGCUCUCUGCAUCAACGCUUUCAACACAGCCUGGAUUGGGACUCUGCGCUAUUUUGCCGGCACCUACAUUGGGUUUCUGAUUUCUGAAGUGGCUGAAGCUACUUUUGGUUCAGGCAGCUUCUCGUGUGCUUAUAUAUUGUUGAUGGAGAUCAUGGGACCAAAAUACCGCGUGGCUGCCGGCGCAACUAUGAACACGCUUUUCUCCGUUGGCCAAAUACUCAUGGGGCUGCUCGCUUAGGGCGUUCCCAACUGGAAAACUCUAACAUUAGUAUUGUACAUUCCACAAUUUAUAACCAUUCUGUACUACUGGGGCAUGUUUGAAUCUAUCCGAUGGUACAUGAGCAAGGGCCGUUAUGAAGAAGCUGAGAGAACACUGAAAAGAGUCGCAGAAAUUAACGGCACCUAUUUAUCAGACAAAUCUAUCGAAGCUUUAAAAGCAUCGACCGAGGAAGAGAAAAGGAAUGCUCUACGGGAUAAGGCGGAACGGAAAUCUGAGCCCUGGUUGAUCGUUGUUCUAUUCAGAUAUAAGAGGGUCCUUCUCCGAGUUAUAGUUUCUCCAAUCUGGUGGAUCACAAACACCUUCAUUUACUACGGUUUGUCGAUCAAUGCCGUUAACAUGUCUGGCAAUAGAUACGUGAAUUACAUUGCUGUGGCUGCAGUGGAAAUUCCAGGAUAUUGGGCAGCUGUGGUUUUGAUGAGCAAAAUUGGAAGAAAACCGGUGCUAACUGGUGCGUUUUGGGUGUGUGCUGCAUGUCAAGUUGCAUACAUAUUUAUGCCACAGGGUUUAUACGGUGUAUCGCUGACGGUGUAUCUGAUCGGCAAGUUCAGUAUCGCGAUGGUGAUGACGACGGUGUAUGUGUACACCACGGAGCUGUACCCCACGCGCUACCGGCACAGCCUCUUCGCGUUCUCCUCCAUGAUGGGGAGGAUUGGCUCCAUUGUGGCUCCGCUUACACCGGCAUUUGGUGCAGCAACAUUUGACGAUUUUCCAUUUGUUCUGUUCGGAAGUUUCGCGUUAGUGGCAGGCUUUCUUGUCCUGGUCACACCGGAGACGCUCGGUUCCAAGCUACCUGACACUAUGGAAGAAGCAUCUGAUAUUGGUCUUAAUAAAAAGUCUAGAAGUGAAACUUGA